AUGUGGUGUUGUCUGCGUGUCGUGUAUACCACGGACUGUGGGACGCUCUUUCCUUUCCUUCCUUCUCUUUUUUCCUGCUGUGUUGUGUUGUUGUUUGCAAUGUGCACCAGAGCGAAGGAAAAAAAAAAAAAAAAAGACGCGAUGGUGAAAAAAACAACGAAGGCGACGGCAGGGCGGCGGAAGGAAGGGGAAAAAACGAAGAAGAUGACGAUCGAUCCGAAAUUACACUCCUCGACGUCGGCACCGGCACAACGGCAGCAGCGGCCGUCAAGCAAUAAGAAAGAGGCGCUGCAGAAAGCGCUGGUGAGUGCCUUCUCGGCACCACACGUGAAUGCCCAUUCAGACGCUACCGUGGAUGUGGACGAGUACGGCAAGGGUAGUCCGACGGACCGGCUGCAGUUUGGCUACGCCCCUGCCAUCGCCGCGGAGGCCAUUGCGUUUCAUUCUGCCAUUCCAGCGAAGAAGUGGAUUGCGGAACGGCGCAAGCAGACUUGCAUCGCGAUUGUCAAGAAACAAAAACUUCCGCGGCCAAACUGCGAGCCUAUGACCUCGCUGCUCAAACUAAAGGAGCACUGGAGGGAAAAGGCGCAGUUUGUAGCAGAGUUGCGUGGUGGUGGCGUUGGACAGGACUCGGCGGACGAGCUCCUGGAACUGUUUGUGUCGCAGCAACGUGUAGCGUAG